GCUACUGACUACUCGUCGUCAAAAAUUGCAGCGUCUGAUGGCUCCGGACCCAUUGAUUUUCCUUUCAAUAAGGAAGGCUAUCGGUAUUUUCUUGUGGAAAAGGAUCCCAACGUUAAUGAUAGAAUAAAUUUGGAGGAAGACGAUGGAUCAGUCCCAAGGAUAAUUCCACCUCAUUUGUACAGACUUCAUUUUCAACGAACGGUUACAAUUUCACCAAAUGAUCGAGCCCAUGAGUUGAGGGUAUCAGACGACCAAUUGACUGUGACUGGUUUUGAAGGCUAUCGAGUGGCUCGCGCUACUCAUUCAGUGGCUAAGGGUACAUGGUACUUUGAAGUUAAUUUCCUCAAACAGCCGGAAGACUCACAUGUGAGAAUUGGGUGGAGCCAGCCUCUAGCGGUCGUUCAGUCGUGUAUCGGGUACAACAAGUUGUCAUAUAGUUGGCGUUCCUUGAAGGGAACUAAAUUUCAUGAUGCGAUUGGGAAGAAGUAUUUUCCUGGUGGAUACAAGGAGGGUGACAUUCUUGGCUGCCUCAUACAUCUUCCACAUGAUCCUAUUCAUCCGGGACCUUCCAGUCAAUACUUACCAGCGUCUAAUAAGGACCUUCCACUCAUCAAUUUCAAACACAACUACUUCUAUGAAAGUCAUGAUGAAGUGGCUGACGUUGUGAAAGCAUUGGAACCGUUGAAAGAGAGCAAAAUUGAAUUUUUCAAAAACGGAAAGUCGUGUGGUGUAGCAUUCACUGAUAUAUACAGAGGAUUCUACCAUCCUGCAAUAUCAAUAUUCAGAAAUGCCACAGUGAGGUGUAAUUUCGGGCCGAGGCUUCAUCACCUCCCGCAAGGUGCACUACCUAUGAGUGCCAGAGUAGAACAGCUUAUUUAA